AUGGAUCCAACAGACGAAGAAUUGCCUUCGAUCAAGGUGAUUAAAAACGAGGAAAGUCGCUCCAUCAUUUGGCACAAAACCCGCAACGCCUGGCAGUACGUCCACGACCACCAUCGAGAUGGUUUUGACUGGUAUUUUAAAGUCGACGACGAUGCGUACGUGGUGAUGGAGAACCUGAGGUCCCUCUUGGCUUCCAAAAACAAGGAGGAUCCCAUUGCAUUCGGACACAAGUACAAGCGCCCCAACGGCGCAUAUUUCGCUGGUGGAUCAGGUUACGUGAUGAGUCGUUCAGCCAUGAUCCGGUUCGUGACACUUGGGCUUCCUAUGAAAAACACUAGCUGUCCGGCAACAAGUAGUGAAAAUGAAGACUGGAGAAUGGGUGAAUGCCUGGAGAGCGUGGGGGUGACCUUAGGCGACGACCGAGAUUCGGAGGGCCGCUCUCGCUUCUUCCCAUUGGGAGUGGAAGGUCACAUCACCUACGCUGACGAUCCAGGCGUUGCCCCGUGGUUCGAGAAUUACACCUACUAUCCCGCCAAGCCGGGAUUUCAGUGCUGUUGGGAGGAUGUGAGGAUCUUCUGCAUGGCGCUGACGCAACCGGCCCAAAAGAAACCUCAUGCCAUUCCCCCGAAGAAGACCUGGGGAAGGAAAUGCACCCAGCUCCUCUUCGUCAGGACCGAACGAGGUUGGGAGGAUGUGAGGAUCUUCUGCAUGGCGCUGACGCAACCGGCCCAAAAGAAACCUCAUGCCAUUCCCCCGAAGAAGACCUCGGGAAGGAAAUGCACCCACCUCCUCUUCGUCAACACCGAACGAGGUGUGGUGAUGGAGAACCUGAGGUCCUUCCUGGCUUCCAAGAACAAAGAGGAUGUCGUCUCAUACGGAUACAAAUUCGAGAGGAAACGCACCAGCGCAUAUUUCUCUCGAGGAUCAGGUUAUGCGAUGAGCCGUCCGGCCAUGAUCCGGUUGGUGACGCAAGGGAUUCCCAUCGACAGCGACAGCUGUUCGGCAGGCGGUGGAAGUGAAGACUGGGAAAUGGGCGACGACCGAGACUCUGAGGGCCGCUCUUGCUUCUUCCCAUUGGGAGUGGAAGGUCACCUCAUCUUCGCUGACGAACCAGACGUUGCCCCGUGGUUCGACAAUUACACCUACUAUUCCGCCAAGCCCGGAUUUCAGUGCUGUUCUUCGACCGGAAUCUCUGCCCAUUAUGUCAAUGGGCGCCAGAUGUAUAUGCUGGAGUAUCUCAUCUACCAUCUCCGGGUUUCCGGCGUGGAUUACCCUUACUCCUCAUCCAUUACGUGA